UGCAAGAGCGACCUAGUCACUGCGCCGUUCGAGUCUUCAUUCUCGGCCUUAGCAGCUCAUGUAGGCCAGAAUGACGCGCGCGCGACUGUUCUUGUCCGCGGCUCGCGGGUUCCUCGCGAGGCGCGGAGAUCCAACGGCUGGCAGCCACUCUGCUGGUGCUGCUGUUACCGCGGAUUCCUUCCUGUGCCACGUCAGCAGGGCUUUAAGCUCCUGUUCGUGGAUCCGAUCCGCAGAUCUCGAUCCAAGCCGUCCAGAGAUCGGGCCUGAUGAUCUCAACCGCUCGCUCCUUCGAAAUACGUCCACGUGUUCCUUAGUCUCCUCCGUGCCGCACAAUGGCGGCUCGAUCUGCCGAGCCGCUAGACCUAGAAGCUACAGGUACAGCACGAACGCCGCGAGCGCGACCGACGCUGCUGGAUUAGCGGAGGCCGCCGGAUUGCACGACGACCCGAACGAGGGUAGCAUAAGCGAGGGUAGUACGCGCAACGAGGCGAUUCGCAACGUGGCGAUCAUAGCGCACGUGGAUCACGGCAAGACGACGCUCAUGGACCGCCUCAUCCGCGCCUCCAGCUCCACCGCUGCUACCACCGCCGGAGGUGGAGGAGGGGGAGGGGGAGGGGGAGGGGGAGGGGGAGCAGGUGGCGGGGGUUCGGCGGCAGCCGAUUUGCCGUGCGAUCGAGUGAUGGACUCCAUCGCUCUGGAGCGCGAGAGAGGAAUCACGAUCGCGUCCAAGUACACGUCGGUCACAUUCAGAGGAACCACUCUCAAUCUUGUGGACACACCUGGCCAUGCGGACUUUGGAGGGGAGGUGGAGCGGGUAAUGGGCAUGGUGGACGGAGCGCUCCUGCUGGUCGACGUGGCGGAGGGUCCCUUGGCACAGACCAAGUUUGUGCUGGGGAAGGCUCUGCAGAGGGACUUAAAGCCCAUUGUCGUGCUCAACAAGUGCGACCGGCCCUCAGUGACCACCCAGAUGGUGCAUCAGGUGGAGUCAGCCAUCUUCGACCUCUUUGCUUCCUUUGACGCCACAGAGGAGCAGCUGGACUUCCCUGUGCUCUACGCCUCGGCCCGACACGGCUGGGCGAGCUCCUCUUGGCCGCCACCGCAGCUCUCGAUGGCAGGGUCCGACCCUGUAUCAGCAGCAGCAGCAGCAGCAGCAAAGGGGGAGAGUGGGGUGGUGCCUAUUCUUGAGGCGAUUCUUGACCGUGUUCCUCCGCCAGUCGUGGACCCAACAGCGCCCUUCCAGAUGCUGGUGUCAUUAAUCGACAGGGACCCGUUUCUAGGCCGCCUGCUGAUUGGUCGGAUAGCAUCGGGUGUGGUGCGCGUGAACGACAGGGUGCGAGCGCUGACGAGGGACAGCGAAGGGGAGGCGUUUUCGCUGGAGGAAAGCAAGGUGGUGAAGCUGGUCAAGCGGAGGGGAGUAAAAUCCGAAGAUAUGAGUGAGGCAGCAGCAGGGGACAUAGUGGCAGUGGCGGGGAUGACACACGCACACGUCUCCCACACUCUUGCUGAUCUCUCGGUUUCAACGCCCCUCCCAGUGGCCGCCAUUGAUCCCCCCACUAUCGCCAUGACCUUCAGUGUCAACGACUCGCCUCUGGCAGGGAGACACGGCACCCAGAUGACCGGGCCAAAGAUCGGAGCCCGGCUGAAAGCAGAGGUGGCGACCAACGUGUCUCUCGGGCUUGAAGGAGGUCCCUCUGCUGACGCCUUCAAAGUGCUGGCAAGAGGCGAGCUGCAGCUAGGUGUGCUUAUAGAGAGUAUGCGCAGAGAAGGGUUUGAGCUCUCCAUAUCGCCGCCAUCCGUGCUGUACCGCGAGGAGCGUGGAAAGAAGUUAGAGCCAAUAGAAGAGUUGAUGGUGGAGGUGGACGAGGAGUAUGCAGGAGCGGUGAUCGACACCAUCUCCCUCAGAAAGGGGGAGCUGCUAGACAUGAUCACAGAAUCGUCUUCCUCCUCCUCCUCCUCCUCAUCCGAUUCCAGCUCAUUUGGUGCUGACUCAUCAUCAUCAUCUGCCACAUCAUCACCCCCGCCAUCCACGUCACCAUCUUCCCCUGCCAGCUCAUCGUCCUCGCCCUCAUCCCUCUCCCGAACACGUCUACUCUUCACCUGCCCAUCCAGGGGCCUCUUGGGAGUGCGAGGAGUGCUCAACACUGCAACCAGGGGCACAGCAGUGCUGCACCGAUCAUUUCUGCGGUACGAGCCUUGGAGGGGCCGGCUGGAGCGAGGACGCAAGGGGGUGAUUGUGUCGAUGGCCACAGGUACCAUCACAGCCCAUGCCCUCUCCUCUCUUGAAGCCCGAGGCACACUCUUUGUCAGCCCUGGAGAUGAGACAUACGAUGGCCAUAUUAUAGGGGAAAACGCAAGGGACGAGGAUAUGGAGGUGAACCCUGUACGCACUAAGGAGCUCACCAACAUAAGAGCGGCGUCUAAGGAUGAGAACAUUCGCCUCACGCCGCCACGGCAGAUGAGCCUUGAGGAAGCCAUGGGGUACGUGCAGACGGGCGAGCUGGUGGAGGUGACUCCUGCUGCCAUCCGCCUGAGGAAGAAAGAGCUGAGCUCGUCCAAGCGGAAGACCACGCGGCGCAACCAGAAAGAGUGACAAGUGUUGAAUGACAAGGCAUCGUGAUUCAUGAUUCAUGUGGGUUUAGGCACCUCAUAUCACGUUUCGGAAGAAAGAGCUGAGCUCGUCCAAGCGGAAGACCACGAGGCGGCGGCGGGUGGAACCAGAAUGAGUGGCAAAGCAAGUGUUUAACGGGGACUGGCCAGGUUCUGCGUUGCACAGGCCAUCCAGCUUGUUCUGAUUGACACGCCUGUUGUUCCCCGAAAACGAUGCUGAAGGCAAGCUUCUUAUUCAGGCAGCACAACAUACAGUACAAACGGAUGCGAAAGCUGAAAACAACUGCCCACCCACAUUGCCUGCCCUUCUCUACCCCCCAACAAUUAC